GAGAGACAGAGAGAGAGAGAGAUUGGGAUUGUAGGCGAGAGAGAGAGAGAGAGAGAGAGAGAGAUGGGAAUUGAGAUAGAGAGAGUAGUCGAAAAUGAGAGUUCUUCCCUCCCACUGCUGUCGUUGAAUCACGUGUCCUUCGUCUGCAAAUCAGUGAGCAGAUCAGUGACAUUCUACGAAGAUGUGUUGGGAUUUGUGCUCAUCAAACGGCCAUCCUCCUUCAAGUUCGAAGGGGCUUGGCUAUUCAAUUACGGGAUCGGAAUUCAUUUGCUCGAAUGCAAUUCGCCGAGUGACAUUCCUGAUAAGAAAAGUGUGAUUAAUCCAAAAGACAACCACAUUUCUUUCCAAUGCACGGACAUGCUACUGGUGAUGAAGAAAUUGGAAGAAAUGGGCAUUAACUAUGUGACUGCAGUCGUUGAGGAAGGUGGAGUGAAGGUUGAUCAGCUCUUCUUCCACGAUCCGGAUGGGUACAUGGUUGAGAUUUGCAAUUGCGACAACUUACCCAUCCUUCCGCUCUCUUCAUGCCCCCUCAAGAAGCUCCCUUACAAGGAGUUGUCACCUCUUUAUGGCAAGGAAGUUUCGAAGGUCCGGUGUGCAAUGGGCGAAGAGAAUCUCAUGAUGGAGAACUUGGUCGCGGACAUGAUUUAUAUAUCAUUCUAAAAUAUUUGGUUGAAGAUGUGAUUAUGUUUUUGCACAAUCAUUGUACAAUGGAGAGUGAGAUUUGUAGGUUAGGUUGUGAGAAUGGCCCAGUUCUUUUCCCAUUUCCUUUGCUUGAAUGCUCUCUCCUCUAUUUUGUAUGUUCUUUUCGUUUCUUCUAUAGAACUCGGGGCGGGUUUGUUCAUUUCAAUGGAUUGUAAGAUUGCAUUAUCGUUACCCAUAAUAAGCAAAUUUACGAUUGUUAUGCAA